AUGUCGAUUGGUGGCUGUGUUUUGGCAUUGCAGGGAAAUGGUUGUGUGGCCAUUGCCACAGAUCAUCGCCUUGGUUGCGCCUCUUCGUUUGGGCAGAGGAUUGCCGGUGAUUUCAAGAAGGUCUUCAAGGUGGGUCCCCGCAUGUUUGUUGGUCUGACUGGAUUCCUUGCCGAUGUCAAUACAGUGUGGGAUCGUCUGCGCUACCGACAAAAUUUGUACGAAAUUAAGGAGAAUUGUGAGAUGUCGCCCGAGGCAUUUACCACCAUGCUAUCGAAUCUGCUCUACGAGUAUCGUUUUGGGCCCUGCCACGUGCAGGCUGUUGUUGCAGCACUCAAUGCGUGUAGCCUGCAGCCGUAUAUUUGCAGCAUUGAUCUCAUUGGAGCCCCCACCAAGAAGGAUUCCUUCGUGUUUUGUGGCAAUUGCGACAAACAGAUGCAAGGCAUGUGCGAAACACUCUGGACACCAAAUUUAGAGCCAGAGGAACUUUUUGUUGCCAUGUCACAGACGCUGACACAUGCCUUCGAUAGGAAUAUCACAAGUGGUUCGGGCGCUACAGUCUAUUUGAUUGAAGGGGAUAAGAUCAUGGAGCGUGUGAUUGAUGUACGCAUGGAUUAA